CAGCGGGGGAACAUUACCCACUAUAGUUUGUUUCCUAUGGCGCACUGCAGAACUUUGUUUACAUUUACUGUACUUUGACAAAUCAGUCACUGAGUCUGAAGUGCUAAAGGAUCUCUUUAAAUUUGACCCCCAAAAACCAUCUGGCGACUCCGGGAUGCUGGCCUUCUAGGCAGAGUUGCAAUGAAGAAGCCAUAUCUCAGACUGGCCAAUAAGAAGAAAAGAUUAAGAUGGGCAAAAGAACACAGACACUGGACUCUGAGAGGAACUCUGCCUAGAAGCUCUCAGAGGAUCCAGUCAGUUAACACCAAUGCAGAGCGUACCCUGGAGGGCUUCAAGGCCCAUGCAGUCUUCCAGGAGAUCACCAAGAAGCUGGAGGAGGAUGGGGAGUCAUUUGUGAAGAAGAUUGGAGGGGUGUUUUCCUUUAAGGUGAAGGAUGGUCCGAAUGGUCAGGAAGCGACCUGGAUAGUGGACGUGAAGAAUGGCAAGGGUUGCGUUCACAAUGACACAGCAAAGAAAGCAGACUGCACCAUUUCCAUGUCAGAUGCAGACCUGCUGGCCUUGAUGACAGGGAAAAUGAACCCACAGACAGCAUUCUUCCAGGGCAAGCUGAAGAUCACAGGGAACAUGGGAAUGGCCAUGAAGCUCCAGAGUCUGCAGCUCCAGCCAGGCAAAGCCAAGCUGUGAGGUAGAACCUGGGGUGAGGCAGAGGUUACCGCCCUAGCGCUGGUCUAGGAUCAGUGCUUCAUAUCACUAUCCUAACCUUAACCACUAGGGGUUACAACAACAAACCUGGUCCAAGACCUGCACUAAAGGGGUAACUUCUACAUUUUCUGUAGCUCAACAGCAGCCCCCACCAUCCAACUAGUAGUGUGAGGAGGGGGGGGGGGACACACUGUAGGAGGAAACGAUGGUAGUAGAGAUGGAAUGAUGGAUGGAGAGAAAUACUGUUUUCAACAUCUACCUCUCUUUCUCUGACCCCCUCUGUCUUUUUCUAAUAUAUUAAGGACCAGAAUACAUUAGACUAGAGAUAUACCAUAGCGGUGUAGUCUACUCUCUCCAACUGUGUAAUUUUAUAUUUAUUCAAACUGAUUUAUUAUGACUCACAGAAUAUGUUUGUAUGAUGUCAUUAAUUGAAUCAUGCCCCUCCUGUGAUUUCUGACCUUUUUCCUCUUUUAAGUUUCAUGUGUGUAUUGGUAAUGGAAAUACAAUUGCUCUUGACAAUUGGGACAGGAUGAAUCAUGUCUUAUAUGGUCUCAGAGCUGUGCAACACAGUAAUUUCUCCCUAUUCAGCCUUUGAGAGAUGAAUGGAUAAAACAGUGAAGUGCCUCUCAGGUGUGGAAUAUUCCCUGGUGUCAUGAACAAGUGUAAAAACAUUGAUACUGUCUCAUAAUAUCAGCUUCAUAAUAUCUAAAACAGGACUGAAUGGCUGGACCACUGAAUGUUACAUUUACAUUUGAGUCAUUUAGCAGACACUCUUAUCCAGAGUGACUUACAGUAAGUAGUGAGUGCAUACAUUUCCCUACUCUGUUACUGUGUUACUUUCAGCCAUGUUGUUAUGACUCUGACCAUCUGACCCACUGAUGAUGCUAAAGUGAUUUCUACUAAAUAAACUUUCUUACUAAUAAACACUGAAAUAGGUUUGAUUCUCCCUCUUUAGAAUUGGUUUACUCCUAGAUAGGCAUGAAGGGUUGGAGGGGGAUAGAUAGAUAGAGGGAGCUACUGAUUACAAAGUUUCAUAAUACCAACCAACUGGGGCCAUGCAUAGUCCGGAGACUCUUUCUGGACUACUGCUAACCCUGUUUUCUAGGGGCCGAGGGAGGCUGUCUUUCUCUUUUAAGGUUCCAUGGUCAUGGUAGAUUUAUGUUGAGGAAGGGGUAACCUAACGUAGCAGGAGUAAAAUAAACGCCUGAAACUGGAUCCCCUACAUACUGGUCUUGACGAGAAGGAAAAAAACUUUCAGGGUAUGUCCUCCUCCACACUGUUCAACCAAUCCAGUAAAUGUGGAGGAGGAGUUAAGAUGGAGUGUCGCCUUGUUAACGUCCAAAACAUCCAUAGGCUCUUUACAUUUCCCCUGAACUGGAAUAUCCGGUUGUUGGGGACGCACGCAGUAGAGGUUAAGGAAGGGGAAACAUUGAUCAGAUGUCUUAAAGUAAAGAUUCACCAAUUGAAUGUUAUGUUACCAAUUGAAUGUUUGAAUGUUAUGUUAUUUUUGUGCAUCUCUGGGCGAUGUUCUAUCGAUUCCCUGGGUACUUUCAUGUUUUCAUGCCGUUGAAGCAGGGUGAAAUUUGUCUGGCGUAGCAUUAAGAUUAAGCCGCUCUCACUACACUGGAAGUUAAUAGGGAUACGCCUUUUAGAUCGCCAAAACAUCUAUCAUACAUUUCAGAUUUAAAUACUGGCUGAUGUCAUAAUGUGGGAGGUUGUCUUCUCUCAAAUGAGAGCCAUUGAUUAUAUUUUUGCAAUAUUCCUACCUGGAGAAAUGUGUGAUUUUAACAGAGGGUCUAACGUAUAACUAUUUGUCUGACUCUUCAGUCCAGGGUGCAUUGCGUGGUGGUGUUGCGAAUGUCAGUCUCCACUCUCUGAGGAACAUCAAUCAGCAGGUUGAACAUGGUGAGAUUGGCGAUUUUACAACUAACUACUUCACAUGGUGAUAUUGACUUUGGUAUUAUUGUGUAGCCUUGUUUGCUAGUUAGCUACGUAGCUAGCGAGCCAGCCAACCAGCCAGCCCAUAGAGAGAGCAUUGCUUUGUGGAUUUGUGGUCGAUUUGAGCUGCAACUGAUUUCCACAACAAUUUUCACAUGUUGCUACCAACAUUUGUUCACAGAAAUAUUAUUCUCAAAUAUUAGUGUUAUGUAACACUGUAAAUCAUAGGAAUGUGGUUUUGGAGGAAUUUUUCCUUUAAGGCGACCUGUCGGGUUUAUUGUGUGAACAGCGGCGAUGUGUUGGCAGGAAAUAGACAGAAGUUGGUCUCAGGAUGUGCAGGCUGGAGGUUUGUCAUGCCAGACUCCAAAGUCAAAACGUUUGUAGAUAUUUGUCGUACAGGAACACUGAAAAUCAGCUAAAUUCCAUGUCUAUUGGAAUUUUAAAAAGUAUCUGUCUACUUUCUGCUUAACACCGGUUAUUGAGAGUUUGUUUUCUAGAUAGACUCCUGUGCCAGUCAGGGUUGAAACUCAAAUGUACAAAGGCAUUGUAUGAAGGAGCUUUCACACCAUUUGUUCAGUUUCCUUUAAUUUCGUCUGAUGUCACCUAGCCAGGAGGCAGGCAGUUCUUGAUCAUUGGGGUUAUCCUGCCCUACUGCUCUGAGGGUUCUGCUCUCUCUAACAAACCCCAUUGACCUGGUUCCUGGUUCUAUACACUGCCACACUUUAGUUUUUCUUUUGUAAAUGUGAGCAACAGAGCAUAAGAGAGAGCGUGCGAGAGUGUGAUUACAAAAAAAAUCUGUUAACGAGCUUUGACCCAUAUUCCAAUACAUACUGCAGAACUGACCUGGCUCUGGCCUGAUUUUCUCUCACCGGUCUCUUCUGGGUCCAGCUCUCUUUAGUUGGACUAAAGAGUUGCGAAACUCACUUAGUAUAGAUACCAAAUCAAUGACUGUUUUUAGGCCUGUCAAAUGUUUCAUGUUUUGUAAAGUAUUUUGCCUUUUAAGGGACUACAUUAUUUAUAAUGAGGAAUACCUGGAGAGAAUCUGACCACCCUUCAGGGAAAUCUAUUUUUGACCCUACCCUCCAUGAACGCUUGAAACGUGACCCUCCCCUAUACCCAAAAUAAUAAUUGAAACAUAAAGUGGAGAGUGGAGAACAUGCCUAAUGUUUACCCUCACUCCUAAGACAGACCAGAGCCUUAGAUAUGCAAUUUUAAAAACUGUUCUUCAUUUUGGAAGCAUUACAUGGCAAAGUAGCCAGAAAGUUGUGUAUUCGCCGACUACUGCGGACAAGGGUAGGGGUGAAAAUAUAUCCAUUUUAGAUUCAUGCACUGCUUUUAUUAUCAUCUUAUUUGCAGUCUGUGAAAAACUAGCAUUUUAUGAAUGCGUUUCAUGCAAUUCUACAUAAUUUCACAUGACUGUAGACAACAGAAUCUUUUUUAAUACCACAACAGAGCAACACUGGAGAUGUUUAGAUUUUUUACAGGCUAUUGUUAAAAAAGAGGAUAGUCAAAGUUUGGAACAGUGCUGAAGUUGUCUAUCAACUGUAAAAAUGUAGCCCAACAGAACCCGUGACAACUGAAUCAUCUGAUCAUCAUUGAAUUCGAGAAAAAGACAUGUGUUGUUUUAACACAGCAGCCGCAUAUCAUCAGGUAGGGCUACAUACACUCAUAACUUUUUUGAAAUUGGGAAACUAUAAUUUUCAAAUGUAUGUUAUUCCAUGAUAUUGUUGUUACAAAAUACAUUUGUGUUGACUCUGAUAAGGGCAUGGGAAUAUAAGAGCAUCUGCUAGACUAAAUGAACAAACUAGGCAUGCAUAGCUCACCGCAUGAUCCUCAAGUUAGACUGGCCAAACUCGUGUUUCUAAAAGUGAAUUCAAAGGCACUAUAUAAUGACUGUAAGGCAGUUUUUGUUUCAUUAUUAUUUAAUUCGAAGUAACUAUUUAAAAAAUCUAUAAAUAUUAUAGUGGGCAAAUGCGAAAUGUAUAGGUGUGUUGUUGAGGGGCUGUUAUGUUGUUGAAAUGCUGAGCGCUUCUGCCAGCCUGUAGUGUCACAAAUGCUUCACAAUUGAUUUUCCUAAAUGGCAGGCUAUAGCCUUGAAAUAAUACUAUAGCCUAAAUAAUUCAUUUUUGUUCCUUCUUGGGCUUUCUGGCUUGCUCCUGACUGAUUUGGAGUUAGUAUGUUGUAGUAGCUUGUUGAAAUGUCAAACGUCAAUUGAUAGUGACAGAAUCAAACAUUACUUCCCAAGCACCCAUGCGCUGUCCAUCUCUGCAGUUGUCGCUUCAUAGUAAUGUCAGUUAUGUAAAUGACUAGAAUAUGGCUUAUUGUGAGGUAAAUAACUCCGAUAAGUAGCUUCGUUAUGGGCAUUGAAACAUAUUGUUUAUUAAAAUCAAUUAUAGCAGUAGCAAGCUUACCUCCGGUCCUCCUUCCCAUUUUCACGCUGUCCCUCUCAAACUGGACAGGACAUCAGUAGGCCUAGUCCGUGCGCACAGAUAUUUCAUUCUUUUGACAAAUGUUUUUUUGUAUUGUUUGAAGAAGCUUUUGACUCACCUCCCGAAGUGCCUCCGUACACAGCACAGUCAUUGGUUAGGCAGCACAAAAAGGUUUCACAUCAGCAAGAGUAGGGCAGGCCAGGGCUCAUGAUUGGGAAUGCUUUUCCAUUGCGGUGUGUAAUGCAGUGUAGCCUAGUUUUAUAUACACCAUCCCAGCAGCACAAAAGAUUUGGAAGGAAGAACAUUUUCUUAGGAAUAUAACUUUGCUUUUUGCUUCUCCCAGCAUGCUCUUCAUAUAGUCUAUAGCCUGUAGGCACACUUGAUACUAGGCACACUUGAUAUUGCUCACCCAGCAGAGAAUCAGGGAUGAGGGGCACACAUCGAGAUACUAUAAUAACCAACUAAUUCUCAAUCCCUGAGCAAUACGACAAUCAGUUACAGAUUUCAAGACCCUUCCCUGGACUAAAAAUAAUAAUACUAAACCCUCCCCCUGAGUGAAAUUGAUAAAGCAUGACCCUUUUAGGUACAGUAACAAUUGUGUACAUUUUGACCGCUCCCUGAAGAGGGCUGUUUUUCUAGGCAGGGAGUGUGUCAAAUGUUUUGUAACAUUAAUUUUUCAGGGUUAACUAUAACCCACCUGUUUUUGAAAUUGUUUUGAUAUUUUGUUUGAGUGAUUAGGAAAAUAUGAAAUAAAAAAAACAGCUUACUUUGCUCUUUCAUUUUAGAAAAGUUGUGAAGUGGUGUUGGACAACAAUUAAAUAUUUAAAAUGUCAACUUUUAAGUACUCAAACAUUUCUAUUAUCGUAUUUGCAUAAACAAUGCUACUAAUAUUGUUUACUGUUUUAAAUGUAGUAAUUACAGAAAUUGUACUCAUGCCCACACCAAAAUGUAAAUCUGUGUGGACAGGUGAAUAUUAGGAAAUGUUAAGUAUGUAGAGUAUGACCUCUAUAGCAAUUAUAGUAUGUGGUAUAAGGUUAUUAUUCAGAUUUAUGGUAGUCGUGACCACUAGUCCCAUUCUAUGUAAUGUUCCAUAUCCAUGAGAUUAGAAAGGAUAUUGUGCAUAUAUUAUGUUUAUUUAACAGAUGUAUAUAACGUGUUUUAAUAAGCCGGGUGUAAUUUCUCAGUCAUCUAGUUUGCCUAUUCAGUGCUCUUGAAUAGAGAGACUUUGAAAGAGUGAAAUGUAAACAAACUUACAAGAA